GCCGCGCAUGAGCAGUGGCGCUCCGAGCCCGCCAGCCAGAGUCGGGCGCCAGCUCCGCGGCUGUGGCUGUCACCAUGGCCCAUUACAAAGCCGCCGACUCCAAGCGGGAGCAGUUCCGGAGGUACUUGGAGAAGUCGGGGGUACUGGACACACUCACGAAAGUGCUGGUGGCCUUAUAUGAAGAACCGGAGAAACCCACGAGUGCUUUGGAUUUUUUAAAGCAUCACUUAGGAGCCGCUACCCCAGAAAAUCCAGAAAUAGAGCUGCUUCGCCUAGAAUUGGCAGAAAUGAAGGAGAAAUAUGAAGCUGCUGUAGAAGAAAAUAAAAAACUGAAAUCAAAGCUUGCUCAGUAUGAACCACCUCAGGAGGAGAAGCGUGCUGAAUAAGAUUCUUCUCAGUUGCAAGGACACUGAAAAAUGGUUUUGUAUGACUUGAAUAGUUUGUACAGUAUAUAAUCUUUUCUGAAUAGAUGCUCUAAGACUUUUAAUAUGUUAAACUCACUCACCACACUUUAACUGUUAUAAACACAUAUACUUAGAAUCACCAAUAAAAACUCAAUAUAACUUUCUUUGGGUCUUAAAGCAGGAGAAUCCAAAGUUAAUCUUGAAGAAAAUCCAAAUAGCCAUAGAACUUAUCACCUUCAAGGACAUUCUAUUUAUUACCCCAAUAGGAAUAAUGGUACUGGUUGUAUUUUAGCCUCAUUCAGCGUGGAGCUAAUUCGUGGUUAGUUCAGGAUAUAAACGUAGAUAGGUACAAGCUUCCUUUACAGAGAGCUGGAGAGAUCUGUGUGAUGGAAGAUGCUUUUGUGUGGUUCCCACAGAUCUGCUCGUGUUGACACAAUGUAGAACAAAGGACUCUUCUUUGCCACCACUUUGCCUUAGGUGACUGUGUGUGCCAGUCUGAACUCUGACACCACGUUUUCCUCUAUGCAAUCAUGCCCAUCUGAUAAUGCUGCCUCGCUCUGCUGUGUGCUGUACUCUGUCCUUGCUGCACGUUUGUCUUUCUGUGUUGUGUGUUUUCAGUUUCCCUGGUGGUAAUUUAUAUAACUUUAAACAGGGUUGCACUCUUACCCCGCCCACUUACUUAGUUGCUUAGUUGAGCACAGGAAAGAGGUAAUAUAAGAUUCUGGGUUCAAGCACAAGCUGGGAUGGGAAGGGGAUUGAGCUGUAUAGCAGACGAUUACAUUAUAUAAUUAGUGCUCCUCCCCCCCUUCAAUGUCUCUCUAGCCUUGAAUUCAUUUUGUCUUCACGUCCCUGUGAAGUAGGUAGGGCAAGUGUGACAGGAGGCUGAGUGCUGAAUUUUUAGGCCAAAGGUUGACAUACAAAUUUGAUACUGUCGAACUUUGGGCAUGUCAGUUAAUUGCUCUGAGAUUCACUUUCCUUAUCUGUUAAGUGAGAACAGCUGUGCUGCCUACCUCACAGGGUUGUUGUGAGGGUCAAAUGAGAAAAUAUGUAUGGAAGAUUUGUAAAUGGUAAAGCACUAUAUUCUUGUUUGUUA